ACUCAAAAAUUAUUGACUUAGGAAUGUCACGUCUUGUGAGCGCUUAUUUAAAAAAUCCCACAGAAAAAACUGCAGUUUCAAAACUCCAACCAACGAUCUCGCCAAUAACAAUAGCGAAGAAUCAU